UUAGACCUCACCCAAAACAACCACCUCUACCAAGCAUUAUAUGUGUUUUUAUUGGUGAGCAAACAUACAUACACAAAAUGGGUAGUCUUGGUGUGCUUAAAAGUACAACAAUGGUGUGUGUGCCAUUGAUGAGUUCCUCUGUUCAACAAAUGGUCAAUGACAUGUAUCAGGCCAAGAUUGAAGGUGCUGACUUGGUGGAACUUAGGCUUGAUUUCUUGAAAGAUUUCAACCCCAAAAAACAUCUCCCUGCUCUUAUCUGUAAUAAUCCACUCCCGGUUGUCGUCGUUUAUCGGCCAAAAUGGGAUGGUGGUCUGUAUGAUGGUGAUGAGAACUCAAGGCUAGAAGCACUUUUACUCGCUAAAGACUUGGGUGCAGAUUAUAUUGACUUAGAGCUUCAGGUAGCUUCCGAUAUCAUGGAAAAACACAAACUUGGUCAGCAAAGCCGUUGCAAGAUUAUAGUAUCAUGUUUCAUGGAUAAAGUGACAUCUUUGAAGGAAGAUCUAAGUCAUCUUGUAACACGAAUGCAAUCUACUGGAGCAGAUAUAAUGAAACUUGUUACAAAUGCAAGUGAUAUUACAGAACUAUCAAGAAUUUUUCAUCUGCUCUCGCAUUGCCAGGUACCCUUAAUUGCAUACUCAACAGGAGAGCGAGGCCUAAUUAGUCAACUACUAGGUCCAAAGUUUGGUGGUGUUUUUGUGUAUGGAUCCAUUGAAGGAAAUCAAGUACCUGGUCUGCCAACUCUAGCAAGCCUUAGAGAAGCAUACGGAGUUGACAAUAUAGACUCCGAUACAAAAGUGUUUGGACUAAUCUCAAAGCCAGUAAGCCACAGUAAAGGCCCUAUUUUGCAUAAUCCUACUUUCAGACACGUGGGCUACAAUGGGGUUUAUGUACCGAUGUUCGUGGAUGAUCUUAAACAGUUCUUUACUGUUUACGAGAGUCCUGAUUUUGCUGGUUACAGUGUUGGAAUUCCAUACAAGGAAGCAGUAAUGGAAUUCUGUGAUGAAGUCCAUCCUCUAGCUCAGUCAAUUGGCGCGGUUAAUACUAUUGUAAAGAGGCUCAGUGACGGAAAACUCAUUGGUUAUAAUACAGAUUGUGAAGCCUCAAUAACAGCAAUUGAGGAUGCUCUAAAAGCUCGAGGUCUCGUAAACGGAGAAGCUACCUUCUCCUCUCCCCUUACCGGAAAACAGUUUGUGCUAGUUGGUGCUGGAGGCGCAGGAAGAGCUUUGUCAUUUGGUGCUAAAAGUAGGGGGGCACGAGUUACCAUUUUUGAUAUUGAUUAUGAAAGAGCAAAGUCGCUUGCCCUAGCAGUGUCGGGUGAAGCUCGGCCAUUUGACCAGCUGACUACCUUUCAACCUGAAAAGGGUGCAGUCCUUGCAAAUGCAACACCCAUUGGGAUGCACCCAAGUAAAGAGCGAAUCCCCGUUUCCGAGGAAACCUUGAGAGAUUACUCUGUAGUCUUUGAUGCUGUUUAUACUCCCAGGAAAACUACACUUUUAAAAGACGCUGAAGAAGCUGGCGCUAUUAUUGUUAGUGGAGUCGAGAUGUUCCUUCGACAGGCGGUUGGGCAGUUCAAUCUUUUCACUGGCGGCAAAGCUCCAGAAGAAUUCAUGCGAGAAAUUGUUUUAACAAAGUUUUAAUUGAUUUAUCUAUAUACCCAUUUAUUUAUGAUUGAAUUCAUCGAUUAAAUAAUCGAGCAGUUCCUGAAGUUCAGCAUCAGACGAAGAGUUUCUGGUAAGAACAUAGGUUUCUGUUCAUCAUUGUUUGGAUACAAUAUGAUGUAUAUGUGUAGACAGAUUGUGUUGUACCAAAUUUCCAACACUCGAUCAUUUCUUGAUUUUUUUUUUAUUAAUAGACUUAUUUCAUUGUAAGCAUUGAUUGUUAGUAUCGUGCUAAACAAAUAUUCUAGCUUGUGUCAA